UGCCAUUAGUGCUUGCAUAUUGAACACAGUCACCCGUAUUUAGUUUUUUUUUAUAUAUUUUAAUUCAAUAAUUUGUCUUUGUUCGAUUGACUUGUUAAUCAAGUAUUCAAAACCAUGUCGAAUAAUACCGACGAAUCGCUUCCUAUUAAUAAUGAAAUGGGGAUGGAAGUUGUGGACACUACUUCACAACUUGUUCCAUCCAAGCGAGGAACAAUAAUUUCUACAAUUUGUUACGAAAAUGGGAUGAAUUAUCCAAGUUUGGAAUUUGCCCAACCAAAUCAAACUGAGCUUAUCCAGUCUUACAAGGAUCUCAUUGCUUCUGCAAGAGAUCCUGCCCUUGAAAAUGCUUUGCAGCCAAUGCCCUUCAUUGUCCGACCAUCGCUCAAAGACGAAAUCAUUGACAUUAUUAAAAAUACUCCGGUGCACGUGUGGUACGCCGUGGUUCCCUUGGUUCUUGUCCUGGCAUUUUCCCCUGAAUUUCGCCUGGUAGUAAUCGUUGUUGGAAUUUGUUAUGGAAUUACGUAUGUCCUGCAAACAUUUAGCACAACUGUGGAGACUAGAGCUGUGCAAUCCAUUAAUGAAAACGUGCUCGCAGUUACUCAAAAUGUGAAUACAACGUCACACAACGCUACAGCAUCAUUGAUCACCCAAAAUCAAAAUAUGCAAAAAUACACUCUGGACACUGUGAAGGACGUGACUGAAAUUCGUGCUGGGGUGGAGAAAGUGCGAAUUGCAUCAAUGGAACACUGUCACGGCAUCGACAGAGAGGUUGAUUUGAAGAUGAAAGCUUUGUCUGAAGGUGGAACAACCGAUCGGGCCAAGGAUGAAAAUGCAAUGAAAAAACAUAAGGCAGAAAUUGAGGCUCAAACAAAAAAAGAAAUGGCAAAUGCUGAAAUUGAGAAGCAGAAAGAGUUUAAAAAAGUCGAUAUACAAAUGAACGCGGAUCAAAUUCGUAAAGAUUUGGAAAUUGGGAAACUGGAAUCCAUCUACAAAACUGAGACGGCAAAGAUAAAUGCGGAUAUAGCCAUCAAAACGACAGAAUUGAGCACAAAAGUUAACCUGGACAAGAACGCUGUUGGCAAAGAAAUUGAGCUAGAGAAACUCCGACAAACUACAGCGCAAAAGAAGGACGAUAACGAGAAAACGGUGGAAGUGGCCAGGGUUGAAGGAGACGUUGAAAUCGGUAAGGCUAAAUGGAUCGCUGAAAUGAUGAAGUCCAAGGGAAAGGUGGACAUUAAAUGGGACACAUGGAAGGCUGAUCGUAAUAACUAGCAAUUGACAGUAGAAAGUUUUAUGCAUAAAACUUUGGCAUCAUGAUGUGGCUAAUUUUGGUUUUGAAUUCUUGAAAUAUUCAUAUAUAUUUAAAUCUAUGGGGAAAAAUGUUGCAUUGAUAGAUACUUAUUGUACUGAAAUAAUUUAAAUGGAUAGCUUUCUGUUUAACGAAAUGUUUUUACACUAUUUAGUAUGAAGUGCGUUCCAGCGUAUAUGUCGUACUUGUGUAUUAAGCUGUUCAUAUGCAUACGAUAAAAUGAAAAUAUUGUUACCAGAUGAUAUAAAUACAUGUUAGUCAAACUAUUUAAUUUUGAAGGAAUAAAACAUUUUA